GAGUUUCUGCUUGUGAGUAGCGGCCAUUCGCGUUCUCCCGCUGGCGUAUGCCGCCACGGCCGCGGCCAUGUGGGAUUGCCACGAUACGUUACGACGUCAUCCAGCCUAGUUCAACCUACUGUCCAUCCUUUUCAUUGAGCGACAACCUCAUAUCGCAGCCUACCUUCCACGGAUACCGACGGACAAAAUGCCGAUCACGACGACACGCCGGCAUCACGACAGUACCUCGCUAGAGAGAGGCCGGCUACCCACUCCAGCGACAUGGUGUGCUGUUCGUCUCGUGUACAGUUAUUACUCUGCCCUGUGCGACUGAUACCUACGCGGAGUUUAGCAGUGUUGGUGUUUACGUGUUUGGAUUUCUGUCGUCUGCUACUGUUUUGCGCCCGUAAGGGAAGGCUCUUCUGAGAAAAACAGAGCGUUCUAUUCUAGUCGAAAAAGAGAGUUGACGAAGAUCAAAAGAACAUUGUAGGGAUAAAAACAAAAUCGGGAGUGUGUUCUCGAACUGCCUACGAAAUGUUGAGGUGCUUUUCCGUCUCAUCCUACCGGAGUCUUCGGGAGGAAGACAGCGUUUCGGAUAUCGUUGCCUUGCAGGCGGACGCGGUGCAGCAGGAACGUCACCGUGUGUCCCUGAGUGAUACCGUGCCAGCUCCGCGGACUUUUCGCAAGCCCGCCGCUGACCCACCACUGGGCCCCCCCGGCCGUCCGCCCCCCUGUAAGGGGUCUCCCGGGCCCCCGAGGCCCCUCUCGUCGCCGCCCAGCUCUGUCGGCGACCGCUUGCCGUCCCUGCUGCUGCCGGCUUCGUCUUCCUCGCCCUCGCCGGGGAGGCGGAGGGUUUCCCCGGGGAGAGUUGAGGGGCCCCGUGCGUCUCCGGGCUUCGUCAAGCACUUAGAGGCCAAUCUUCGUCGCAAGGACCCCGCAGCUGGGGACACGCAACAAGGGGGCGCCGAGCGAUAUAUUCGCUUACCUACGCAAGGGACACAGGGCAACGCAACAAACAACAAUAACAACAACAACAACACCACACAUAGUACCUCCGCAAACAUCGUCAACAACAACGUCACCCAGGGUCCAACGAGUCCGCCCGAAGUGCCCGCACCCCCGCCGCCUUCCACGACGUCUCCGGUGCAGUGCCCCGUUCCCCUCCCUCGAUCCAGAACCCCCGACACGACCUCCGUGAGCGGCACCGCUGCCCCCGUCCCAGCGGUCCGUAACAUUGGCCGAAGUCCCCAGUGUGCACGUAAGAUGGCUACGGCGGCCGUACCCUCUUCGCGUCAGCAGGGACUGGUGAGCAGACCUGCGAGAGGAUGGCUGCACCCCGACUGGGAGAUCAUGGGCCAAGGAGUCACAUAUGGUGUUCGGUAUAUUGGCUGCCUAGAAGUAAAAACAUCAAUGAAGUGCCUAGACUUUGACACAAGGUCCCUAAUUGCCAAAGAAUGUAUCAGCAGGGUAUGCGAAGCUGCUGGAUUGAAAACUGUCGACAAAAAGAGAAAAGUCGACCGAAGGUUGCAGCGCAUGCUGGCGGAACAGCCCAGCAUGGACUUUGCUGGAUCCAAUGUCAACUUAAGGGUGACCAGUUCUAGCCUCAAUCUCACAGUCAUGGAGUCCGGAGAAGUCAUCGCCAGCCACGAGAUGCCAAACAUAUCUUUUGCCUCGGGAGGGGAUGCUGAAACACUGGACUUUGUGGCAUAUGUGGCCAAGGAUAGCCAGUAUUGCAGGGCCUGCUUUGUACUUGAAUGUGGAGGGGGUCUGGCUCAGGACGUGAUCACAACGAUAGGACAGGCCUUUGAGCUGCGCUUCCGGGAGUUCAUGAGAUGGACCCCAACCUCUCAGCCUCCACUGCCAGGAUUACCAGACAGGCAAGAUAAUGCUGUAUCCGUCACUUCCAAUGGGAUCCCAGCUCUUAGAGACGAUCCGGAGUAUUACAACGACCUGCCCGGGAAGAUACCUCCUGAAGCUCCACCACCCGUGCCACCUCUGCCGGACUAUCGUCUGGAUGAAGAGGGAAGCGGAGAUGUGCCAUCCAACACUGCUGUCAAAGAGCUGAGUAAUGUCAGACGGCAACCGACCCCGAGGCAAGCGGUUCCGCCACAACCGUCUGCGAGGAAGCUGUCCCGUGACACAAACCUGAUCGACCUCACCGGAGACGUGCUUCCGCCAGCACCUUUAAAACCAGUGCAUGAUUAUGUCAACACUGAUCCAGCCUUGAUUGGGAGCGUGAAUGGAAUCAUCACCGAAGCAGCUCCAACAAAAAGCACCUCCCUGGAUCCUUUUGACAUGCAACCCUUUGCAAGUAGUAUACCACCCCCACCCCCUCGUCAUCUACCGAAGGUCACCACGACAAUGCCUCCAGUGGUGCCACCUCCACGGCCAGGCUCGAUAGCGCCCCAAAACGCAGAGGCUCCCGUAACGGCUGCUGCGGAACAACCUUCCAACAAGACAGGCAGUGCAUCAUCCGCAGUCGAUCGCCAAAAAGCAGCUCUAGAGAAAGAAGAGUGGUUCCAUGGUACAAUCAGUAGGCAAGAGAGCGAAGCCAGAGCAACGGAGGACGGAGAGUUUCUGGUCCGAGAAUCUCGAGGUUCCCCGGGACAGUACGUGCUGACGGGUAUGCAGGGAACUGCAAGGAGGCAUCUGCUGUUGGUGGACCCACAAGGGGUGGUACGGACAAAGGACCGCACAUUUGAAAGCGUGAGCCAUUUGAUAAACUAUCACAGAGACAAUGGCUUGCCAAUCAUAUCAGCCGAGAGCGCGCUAGUGCUCAAGACGGCAGUGCCAAGACCACCUCGCUGAGGACCUUUCACCACGGGUAGCCAUCUUCGAAAGGGGGCGAGUGUUCUCGGACAGAGAUAGACGGGAGGGCAUGCACGGGACUUUUUGCCAUCCUCUCGCGAAAAACACGCCGAGGGUGACGUAUGUGCGUGCAGUUGUGUGACUCAAGUUUCAAGCAGAAGACGCACGAAAUCGGAGGACAUACCAGUAUUCUAGCGUCUCACGCUAACAGAGCUUUAUAACUCUCCACUAUUUUUUCACGAGUAGGCCUACCUCCGCUUUAGACACGUCGCUAUCAACAUAUCGAGACUCUGUGUACGCCUGCGAGGACACGGAUCGACACUUGCGCGUGCUGCAUGAGGAGAUAAAUGCCACGGAGCGAGGUUGCAUCCUAUUUCUCAAAGUAAAAAUUAUUUUAAGAGAGAGAAACAGCACGACUAUAUUUUUCCUUAGCCCGAAAGACGCUCUGAGCACUGGCACGCUUUUUAGAUUUUUAAGACUGCCGAAUCUCUCAUGUCAUCACUUCAUUUUCAUUAUCAUUGCUCCAGAUGUUGUACCCCCCCCCCCCCCCCCCCCCUUUUUUUCUGGUCUUUUUUUCAGUACUAGACCCUUGCUCACAAUGCUAUAUUUAGUUACAUUCCUGUGUCAGACUGUUAGUGUAUCAUUCAAAAAUAGCUUUUACUGUUUUUCCAUAACCACUAUUGUGAGAGGGAUUAUUUGCAGCAACACUUUGGUACCAAAACAAACCUGCUUGUAAUAUCACAAAAACUGUACUUGUACUUGUGUACUGCUUAUUACUAGGGCCUGACUUUUUAGGGUUAAACCCGUAUCCGCCCGAUAUUUACCCCCCGAACGAAAUCUGUAAAAUUCGGGUUUAACCCGAAUCUACCCGAAAACAUCCGUGUCGCGUGGCACACUCAUAAGCGUGCAUUAAAAUAAAGUUUGAUAACAUUGCUAAACAUUAGCUCCAUGUUAAGACAAAUUUUUAUUAAACAAAUAAAAAUCACCCAAAUGCACCCGAAUUCCUGACGACAGAAUAUGCCGUAACGGGAUUUAACCCGAAUACACCCGAAUUUUCAAAGGAAAAAUAUCACCCGAUUUUUACCCCCCGAAUUUGGCCAAAAAUAAAACCCGAAAAAGUCAGGCCCUACUUAUUACCUAGCAAGAAAUACGAGUUGAUCCAUUUGACAUGUGCUUUUGUUGUUUACCUUACCUCUUUCAGUUUUGUGUUUACAGCCAACAGGCUCACCAUGUUUCAAUCCUCCUAGGCUUCCUUCAGUGUGUGUGUUCCCAUUGCCAUUGCGCUUCAGUACUGUGUUUCACAAAGUAUAGCAUUGUUGCCACUUGCCUAGGUGUUACCCUAAGCACUAAUUUAUAAACUGGUUGCUGCUUAUGUGUUACGAAGUAGAUAUAUAGUUUAUUAUGUAAAUACUUUGUACAAAUUAUUUAUCGACAAAGAGAAGAGCGGGCUUUUCUUAGCAACGUGCGAGCCCAGUGCUGUUGCGUCAAGCGUGGCUCAUUCAUUUGUGUCUGGAUGAAUAAAGCAAUAGGUGCAUCAAUGUGAA